AUGGCUUUAUCGUCAAAUCAGCAGUUAUUACUACCACAAAUAUCUGCAUCAUCAGCCGAAACACAACCACAGCAACGAAAAUCAUCAUCAUUACUAGUAUUUAAUAUUAAAAUGUGUUUCAUCAUCACAGUAAUAAUAUUUAUUGUGAUUUCAACCUUGGUUGUGAAAAUAAAUUUUAUUUCUACUAUACGGCUGGUCGCGCCAUUAUCCUUUAAAUACAAUGAUCGAAAGUUUACCUGUUCAGAUUGGUCAAAUCUGUCCUACAUCAACGCUAAAAAAUAUCAGCUGUGUUUAAAAUGGCGUCAAGAUCACAGUUUUUGGGGAGUCAUGAAUAUUCGACACACUAUACACAAAGGUUUCAUAAACUCAUCAUCAUUGAUCGUAGAAAUCGGUGGGAAUAUUGGUGAAGACAGCAGUCGUUUCAUCAAACUAUAUAAUUGUUCUCUCAUCAUCUAUGAACCAUUGAUACCAAUUUACAAGGAUCUAGUAAAAAAAUUUCAGAAUAAUUCAAAAGUUGAAGUUCAUCCAUAUGGGAUGGGUAACCGAGCACGUAAAAUUCUGAUCGAACCGUACGCUGCGCACAAUGAAGGAACGAGUAUGUUUCGAAAGAUAACAAAGUACAAUUCAUCAACAAUACAACACAUUGAAAUAAUCAAUGUUGUAGAGGCCAUUGAGAAAAUAAGACGCACACGAACUAAGGACGGAAUGAUCGAUAUGCUAUCAGUCAAUUGUGAAGGAUGCGAAUUUGAAGUAUUGCCAUCGUUGAUCAAUAACAAUCUCAUUAAAUAUUUUCGAAAUAUUCAAUUUGCUACACACGUUGGAUUUUUGAGGGAUACAUCGUGUAUUUACUGUCAAAUUGAACAAUCACUCGAGAUAACACAUCGAACAAGAUAUCAUUAUAAACUAGUGUGGGAAGGAUGGACUCUGAAAAACGAAACAUCCCAUUAA